AUGGCGCAUCUUGAAUGCUUUCACAUGUUAACUACUUUGAAAUUUUACACAACCAUUAACACGAUUAAGCAGCUUGUGUUAGUAAGUAAAAAGUAUCGCCAAAUUUUUGAGAUGUUACACUUCAACCCGGUUCCAAUCAACAACAAAACAAUUGCAUAUUUCCCUCACUUAGAAACGUUGCAUCUUUAUAACCCGACGGACGAGACUUUUGGGAAUAAAGUGGUUUCUUCAACUCAAAUUGAGAACACAAACAGAGUUGCUUUUUAUAAGGUAGUGGUUUGGUUUGAAGUUGAUUACGAGACAACCAUAACCCAUCAAACCAUUGAGUAUAAAAACAUCUGUUAUUCGAAGAGUGAUCGUGUAAAGUAUGGCGACAAGAUCCCCCCCGUUGUUCAUUCCCUUGGGUAUAAAUGUUUUGAAAAGUGCACUUUCAAAUCUUUUGUUGUUCCGACUCAAAUCACGUCUCUCGGGGAACGGUGUUUCAGUGACUGUUGCAACUUACAAUCGAUAACAAUCCCAGACACAGUCCUUUCACUUGGAAAGUCGUGUUUUUAUUAUUGUAGUGAUUUAGAGGAUGUCAGUAUAGGGUCUAAUGUUCGUUCCAUAGGAAGUUAUUGUUUCGAGGGGUGUUAUAUGAAUCUCUGUACUAUUGAAAUACCGGAGGGAUUGACUUCUCUUGGUGAUGACUGUUUCUGUGGAUGCGGGAAUUUGUCGAAAGUGAAGUUGCCAAGCACGCUUAAAGUGUUUGACAUAGAGUGGUUUACUCAAUGUUAUGCACUUCGUCAGAUUGAGUUACCCCGCACCGCACAAAUAGAUACUUUUUACUUUCACAUUUUUGAUACAAAUCGCGAAGUAAAUCCGCUGUGCAAAUUGAAAGUCAAGUGA